AGUAUUCGUUUCCACCAAUUUCUGUUCCGUAAUUGCGGAUAAAUUGAUGGAAUGUUAUCUCCUGAGACGGGUUUUUGGUUCUUUGUUUGGUGAAACCUCUCCUAUUAAUCUUUGCUUUUGGUACAAAUUUGUUUCGAAAUCUGAAAUAGUUUCUAUCUCUUGCAAUCGCUUUUAGAUCUUUUGCCUGGUUAUAUAAUACCUACUUUACUUUUUCCUAUUGUUUUUUAAAGAAGGUAAUAGUUGCUUAACCUAGGUUAAGCACAGCUGUGGCUCCAAGCUUAAACAAUGUCAGAUGAGAAUGAAAAUGAAUGAAGACAAGGAGCAUGUUCAUGUCCUCGUUAUUAUUGGUGCUUCUGGUGAUUUAGCAAAAAAGAAGACUUACCCAACUUUAUGGUCUGAUAUAAGUGUGGAAAAUAUAAGAGAAGCAAGUGAAAAGUAUAUGAAGCUUCAUUCGCUUCCAUGUCAUAAAUAUGAGGAAUUUUGGCAGUGUAAUUUUUAUUUAAGAGGCGAUUAUACAGAUUCCACAACAUUUGAAUCGCUCAAUAGAUUUAUAGAAAGUAAAUGGGGUGAAAAUGUGAAUCGAAUAUUUUACUAUGCUAUACCACCAUCAGUAUACAAACCUGUUUCAUCGUCUAUCAAACAGCAUUGUAUGUCUAAAAGCCCUGGAACUUGGACUCGCCUAAUCAUUGAAAAACCUUUUGGUCGAGAUUUAAUAUCUUUUAAUGAAUUGAAUUCUACAUUGGCGUCACUUUUUACAGAGGAACAAAUUUAUCGUAUCGAUCAUUAUCUGGGCAAAGAAAUGGUACAAAAUCUAUUAAUUCUACGUGAUCUUAACAAACAUAACUCCAUGUGUCCGUUAAAGUGUAUCACUAAAAUGGCUUACAUAAUUACCGAGUGAAUUAGUGAAGCCAAUGAAUUAUUAUCAUUCAGUGUCAAUUAUCAACUUUAAUACAAUGAACUUUCAUUUUAUUUCAUGUGAAUAUUAUCAUCAUUAUUGUUACUUUUCACAUAAAAUGAUGAGAGUAUAAAUUUAAAAAUUACUUGUAGAAAUAAAAUGUUUCUACUAUUUAUGCCUUAUAUGUGAUUAUAACCAUAAACUGCCGAGUAAAAUGUUCACCAUUUAGAGGUUGGCUGUUUAUGGUAUUAUGUAAAUCUCAUGUUGACAAGAGUAUGUAGUGAUUUUUGUACAUUAGUGUGAAAAAUUGUUGACUUUUCUCUUGAUAAUAUUAUUUCACCAUUUUAACUGGAUCGAAUUAUUAGUUAGUCUUCUGAUAAAAUACGAAUUAACAGAUUCGUGAUGUCAAAAACUUCUCGUCCUUGUAGAAGUGUUCAACCUGUGCAAUCUGUAAUAUAAACGCACUGUUUAUCUCCACUCGUUACUUAACCUCAUUCUAAACAUUAAUCUGUGCAUCGGUGGUUCAAAGCUAGAAUGCUUGCCAACCGUGCAUAUGGUUCGAGGUUCGAUUCCCGGCCGAUGUACUCCCAAACCUU